AUGAAAAACCUCAUCAUUCCUUUCCUCUUCAUCUUCUUCCUUUUCACUAUCACUAUUGCAACCCGCCCCGACCCACAGUCCGACAAGCACAACUCCAACAACAACAAGAAAGGUGGUCGGGAUGACAGUAGCGGCGGGUUCUUCGGCCCCGGUACAGGACCCGGAUUCAACAUACCCGGAAUGGGAAACAACUGGCCAGGAAAUGGUGUGGGUGGCGGGUACGGUUCGGGUUAUGGAGGUCCGAAAGGUCAUCACUCUAAAAGUGGGGUAGUUAGUACCACUGUGGUGUGUAAAGACAAGGGACCGUGUUACAAGAAGAAGUUGACAUGUCCGGCGAAAUGCUUCACUGCGUACAGCCGAUCCGGUAAGGGGUACGGCGGAGGUGGCGGUGGAGGUGGGUGCACCAUGGACUGCAAGAAGUGUGUGGCUUACUGUUAA